ACCCUGUACCGGACGUGUUGCGUCAGUUAUUCAUUCUCUUACUCAUAGUCGUAAUUUAUUUGCAAUACUCGUUACUCACACAUGCGUUAUAUGCUGUGCUGACGUUCAAAGUACAUAGCGUCUGGUUUGGGCCAAAGUUGGAUCUCGGCGUCAAUGACAACCAUGUUCCACCGUAUGUUUGGACGACGGAGGUCUCCUGUGGAAGGGGAACCCAACGCAGACUCUGGCACUGAGGCCACAGAAGGACAGGCAGACAUUGUCAACAGCGAUGAUUUCGUCUUGUUAGGUGACACUGAAAGUCAGAAAAGCACAAUGUAUGAUCCCCCUCCUGGCUAUACAGUCGGUGGGGCUAAUGCUUUCUUACCCUAUGGGCUAGACCCCUCUGCAAGACCCGAAGCCGGACAGAGACCAGCAAGUGCCGAGGUUCAGACAGCAAUAGACGGCAUCCCUUUUAAACUGGGAUCCAACGUCCUUUUACAAGGAGACUCAGACAGCUACGAUAUCAGCUCCAUUUCACAGAUGAUCCACAGAAUCAAUACCUUUAACUGGGAUGAAUAUGAAUACAGCUUCCAACUGGAAAAGAGUGUUUUGCAAGAGUUCAGCACAAGAGAAGAACCAGAUCCUGAGUAAAAUUUUGCAGAUUUUUUUUUUUUUUUUUCUUCUUCUUCUUCUUCUUCUUCUUCUUCUUUCUUUUCUUUUUGUUUUCUUUUCUUUUUGUUGUCCUUUCUUUUUCUUCUCCUGGUUCCUUUUCUUUUUCAUUUUCUUUUCUUUUCUUCCUAUUUUUCCUUUUUUAUUAUUUCCAUUUUGAAUAAUGUUAAUACCAACAUUUUUCUUUUACUGUUAUUUUUUCUGAAUAUCACAGAAGUCCUGGAAUGGAGUAUGCAUACUUGUAUAUAAAAAUAGUAAUACCCAGUAUAGACUGAAAUAUGAUUUGAAAUAUGAUUUGUAAUACCAUCACAUAUUCCUCCAUUUGAUCAGUAUCAUUUGCUGUACUUUUUUUGUUUAGAUUUCACAAAGCUGCUUUUCAAUACUCAUUAGAAUAUGUAUCUCUAGACUGUUAGAAAGAAAAUAAUUGGCAGAAUCUACAUCAAUGGAAAGUUUUGCCAUUUACGUAUUUUGAUCCUCUCUUUCUUGUUCUCCUUUCUUCUUCUUCCUUCUUCUUCCUCCUUUUGUAAUUUUGUAAUCAUUGUCUUUCUCUUUUUUUUUUUUUUUUUUUUUUUU